CUCGUGCCGAGAGUAUCUUCGCUAAAUAUCGCAAUAGGGAAUCAACUACAAGUAAUGCAACUGAGUCAAACAGCUCACUAUCUUCCACUCCCACGGGUUCUGUUUUUCACUCAUCGUCGAGCUCGACAUUUUCUGCCAGAAAAGAUGACCAGCCWGUGACGUCCACCCCUGCUCAGUCACGUGGGACAUCACGUGAUUAUUUAGUCACUCGCAUGUGCUCCCAGCUUCUCUCCAACUCACUAGCAUCCUUACAAGAAAAUUCCGACCCGUUUUUGAAUCCAAUGCACGAAAAGAUACUGUCUGAUGCUCAAAAUCUUAAAACCAAUUUAUCAGCCAUCAAACAUGACAUUCAACAAACGGACGAUACUUCAGACGAGAAAGGUUGGUAAGAAUAGAAGAUUUGAA